AUGUGUGUGAGUCUUUUGGCUGCACAUCCUUGUAUUUCUUUUUGCCUUUCUAUUCUCCGCUCUGUGCGCAGAUCUGCUCACCGAAUUCAGCAACUCUACUACUACUACUACUACUACUACUACUACUACUACUACUACUGCUGCUGUUGCUCGCACGUGUACGCGGAAAAUGAUGAUGAUUGUGUGGCGUGUGUGGAGACGGAGUUGUUGUGUGGAAGCAAAGAUCCCAGUGUGCACUGGCGCCCAGUCGGCGAGAGCAGCUGGACUGCGUGUCGUACUGAUAAGAAACCAGACACUCAAGAUCUAACGGAAGAGGAGGCUUUCAAUGCGAUAUUCGGCGAUUUUGCGGCGAGGAGCUGCUCGGAUUGCGAUGGCACGAAUAAUUACGUAGGAACGGAGGAAUAUAUGACUCCUGACCUCACGACGCCCAAUACCACCGAUGUGUGCAGCGAUGGGACAGCAUCCAUGGUCCUCGGGCACCCGCCCCGCCGCCAAGGAGCCGACAAACAGCAGUGCGUGCAGCAGCGCCACACAGAGCACAUCUCCCUUAAACAAGAAGAUCUAAGCGAGCAGAGGAAUCUUUUUCGAAGGUGA